GCCCCGGCAUGACUCGGCGGCGCUCCGCUCCGGCGUCCUGGCUGCUCGUGUCGCUGCUCGGUGUUGCAGCAUCCCUGGAAGUGUCCGAGAGCCCAGGCAGUGUCCAGGUGGCCCGGGGACAGACAGCAGUCCUACCCUGCGCCUUCUCCACCAGUGCUGCCCUCCUGAACCUCAAUGUCAUUUGGAUGGUCAUUCCCCUCUCCAAUGCAAACCAGCCCGAACAGGUCAUUCUCUAUCAGGGUGGACAGAUGUUUGAUGGUGCCCUCCGGUUCCACGGGAGGGUAGGAUUUACAGGCACCAUGCCUGCUACCAAUGUCUCCAUCUUCAUCAAUAACACACAGCUGUCAGAUACGGGCACCUACCAGUGCUUGGUGAAUAACCUUCCAGACAGAGGGGGCAGAAACAUUGGGGUCACUGGCCUCACGGUGUUAGUCCCCCCUUCUGCUCCACACUGCCAAAUCCAAGGAUCCCAGGACAUCGGCAGCGACGUCAUCCUUCUGUGUAGUUCAGAGGAAGGCAUCCCUCGACCCACUUACCUUUGGGAGAAGUUAGAUAAUACGCUCAAGCUACCUCCAACAGCCACUCAGGACCAGGUUCAGGGAACAGUCACGAUCCGGAAUAUCAGUGCCCUCUCUUCCGGUCUGUACCAGUGUGUGGCUUCUAAUGCCAUCGGGACCAGCACCUGUCUCCUGGACCUCCAGGUUAUCUCACCCCAGCCCCGGAGUGUUGGAGUAAUAGCCGGAGCCGUUGGCACCGGUGCUGUUCUUAUCGUCAUCUGCCUUGCACUAAUUUCAGGGGCAUUCUUUUACUGGAGAAGCAAAAAUAAAGAGGAGGAAGAGGAAGAAAUUCCUAAUGAAAUCAGAGAGGAUGAUCUUCCACCUAAAUGCUCUUCUGCCAAAGCAUUCCACACAGAGAUAUCCUCCUCAGAAAAUAACACGUUGACCUCUUCCAAUACCUACAGCAGUCGAUACUGGAACAACAAUCCAAAACCCCAUAGAAACACAGAGUCAUUCAACCACUUCAGUGACUUACGCCAGUCUUUCUCUGGCAACGCUGUUAUCCCAUCCAUCUAUGCAAAUGGGAACCAUCUGGUCUUGGGUCCACAUAAGACUCUGGUAGUUACAGCCAACAGAGGGUCAUCACCCCAGGUCAUGCCCAGGAACAAUGGUUCAGUCAGCAGGAAGCCUUGGCCUCAACACACACAUUCCUACACCGUAAGCCAAAUGACCCUGGAGCGCAUCGGUGCAGUACCCGUCAUGGUGCCUGCCCAGAGUCGGGCAGGGUCCCUGGUAUAGGAUGACUGAGGAUGCUGUGUUCAGAAGAGAAUAAACGGACUGCCUUCAGGCAAGGGGGAGAGUGGGAUGGGUGAGUGCUGGAAAGAUAAACUUUUGUUAUGAUCCCAUUAGCAAAAAGCACAAAGAAGGCUGCGAUGCUGUUCCCUGGUCACUGAGCGUGUGACGUGGCCCGGGGUUAUUCCAUCAUGAAGACUCAAGAAGACUGUCUCCCCACCACAGUUGUCCUGAGAUUCAGUUAAAACAAACAUGCCGCAUCUCAAGAGAUGUGCCAAGCCAAGGAGAAUGCUAGAAGCUGAGUAACACUUACCACCCAAACCGCGGUCCAGCUGGACCUGUUCUUUGAUUCUUGCCUAACUUAAUAAUUUCUGGGACCUUUAAGUGCCAGGUGGAAUUUACAUAAUGAAAUUAUUUUUUAAAAAAAUAGGUAUCCUUAGGGGCAAAACCAGGAGCAAGCUCAUAGUAUGGUCUGGUCUGGUCUGGUCUGGUCUGGUCUGGUCUGGUCUGGUCUGGUCUGCGUCCCACUCCCUUUGAUGGCACUAGUGAUGUAUCCCAUUGAGCUGGCUUUAUCAUAGAGGCAGUGUUGUUCAGAACACUGGCUAGAGGUGGGAAAAAAUAAGGAAACUUCUUGUGAACACCCUCCACACACAUAUUUAUUUCCUUCCUCCUGAACCAUGAACUUUGUAUAGGGGAUUUUGCUAUAUCGACAGAUUCUUGUCUGUUACACUCUGGGAUCUCUUACAGGUCCAUGGCAAUUACUGUUCAUGAUUUCCUGAAAAAAAAUAUUUUUUUAAAAGAAAACUAUUUUUUUUAAAUACUAGAGAGACAGUGGACUAGGAAAGCAAGAACUUAGCACCUUGUCCAGUGAUUGUAUUCAGGGAUUCAGCAGAGGGCCGACCACAGAAGAGUAUUAGGGGAUGGAGUAGGUAAAACCAGCUGGAGCCAGGUGGGACGGGCCUUUGCAUUGCCAGCAGGGCCCCAAAGAAGCAAGAUUGUGUAUGGCGACCUUGCUGUCACACAGGCCACCAUUAAUGAGGACAGCGCCUCAUGCCUUUUGUACCGAGGAAGAUAAUUGCCUCUUGUUCGACAAGUAGAGUUUAGUAGGUUAUUACAGAAAGGGCAAGGGUUGUUUUGAUUUUGUUUCUUUCAAAAGAAUUUUUUUUUUUGCAAAAGAAUAAUGAGGGUUAGACAAAUGGGGGACCUUCCCGUGUGCCCUUGGGGGUCUGCUCAGCAUCUGGAAAUUUGGGUGCACAAUUUUCCCUGAACGCAUUGCAUACAAGUGUAAAAAGACUCUGCCUCCCCCCUUUUGGCUAAUUACUUGGCUUGGCUGGCCUUGCAAUUUACCAGAUUCAUUUACACACUCUGCUCUAUAUCGCAAUGUGUCUGUCUGUCUGUACUUGUAUUGGUGACUAUCUUGCCUUAAUCACUUUGCUUUAGGGCAACUCAUGGUGAUUUCUUCCAAGAUUUGUUUUUAAAUUGUUUGUACUACUGAGCCUACAACUUUCAGAAGACAUCUUUUUUUCUUCUUUCUUACAUUGCUUUGUCCCUCUUCUGCUAUACUUCCUGCCUUCUUUCCCUGUCCUUUGGGCACAGUCAUCACAGGGAGUGGCCUCCUGUCUUCAGUUAUGUGAGUGAAUGGAAGCCAUCACUGUGUGCACAUAUUUUUCCAAGAGGGACACUCGGGACGUCUGUCACUUGUUGUGACCGUUUCAAUAUUGAUAAGAUGAAUUUACUAUAGCGUUACCUUCCCCCACCCCAAUUUGAUGAUUCUUGACUUUGUAAAAAUUUAAAUAAAUGAAUGUCUAUACUUUUUAAGGAAAAGUGAAAAUACCAUGUCACAGAAAAGAUGAAACUGUUAGAGCUGUUUAGAAAGCAUUUAUCUUGUAUUUCUUUAUUCUUUCUAAUUACCUAAAAUUCAAUAAAAGUUUAUUCAUAUAAAA